UAACAAUAACUAGUGAAGUAAAGCUGAUAACAUUGAAAUUAAUGGCUGAUUCCUAUUAAAAAAUAAUGUUUACGACUAUUCUCUUGUUUUGUUCGCUGAAUGUCUUAACAGAUGCUAACGAAUCCCCUUUGAUAAUCAAACUGAAGCCGGAACAAGUGAUUGACAUUUUCAAGUCUGUAUUGUCUUCGAAAUAUCUGAAGGAAUUGGCCAAUGAUAUUGCGGGCAAGGCAGCGCAGCAUUUCCUCGACGAAAUGAAAAAUAAGGAGAAACAGUCAACCUCUAUGCCACGUGGGAUUAAGGAAAUUAAAGAAAAUAGUGCCGAAUUAACUGUUCUAAACGAGCAGCAAGCGAUGACUUUGCUGAAUGAUCCAUCACCAGACGGAGAUAAUUUGGAGACAGAUGAUACGAACUUGAGUGAAGACGAGGCGAAGAAAGUGAAGGCCCGUAUCCCAGUCUUUGGAAUGUUGAAAAUUAAUGGGAUAUAUUAUAGACGAUUUCUCGGCCUUUUGUAAUUUAAAUAAAACAUACCGCGCUUUUUA